AUGAUCCAGACGCACUGGGCUGCAGGGCCAACCAAGUUUCCGGGAGAGCUUUGCAUCGGGUUGCUCAGGGGCUCCCACAGUGCCUCCGACUUCAAGUCCCAGAUUGGCAACCUGAUGAGACUCAGCCCCGAGGAGUUCGACCACAGUCUCCUCAUCCAUAUUGGAGACAGGAUCAAGGCCGGUGCGGAACAGCACGAGCUGGAGCAGCGUGUUCGCAGAUUAGCAGAAGAUUCUACACGUGAUUACACAAUUCAAGUCUUCGAUUCCAUGGACGAUGCUCUGUUCCACAGCAUCAAUGACAGGAGCUACUACACGAAGGAGCACAACAAGAAGCUCACCCUUUCGGAGCUUGCCGACCUCUGGACCGCAAAGGCCGGGAUGAAGGUCUAUGACAGGCUGCUCAAAGAGCCGGAGCUCUAUGAGAUCAUCAUGGACCUGCAAAACCGCUACAGCAAGAACAGCUGCCUCAACAGCAUCAAGAAUCUGGAGGCGAUUUCCAUCAAAGGCAAGACCCUGGAUGAGAGGCUCUGGAUUCUGCGCUGUGUGCAGGAUUACUUGCUGUCUGGAACCUCGAACAACGAGUUCGGCAGCCGCCUGAUGACCGCGAACAAAUCGGGUGGAGGUCCAGCCGGCAUGCUGGAUAUGUUCCUCUGCAAGCUGCAGAUGCGGGACUACUUCGUGGAUAGGUGGUGCAGCGACAAGGGCUUCGACGGCAAGUCGUUGUCGCUUUUGCGCGAUCUCAAGAGUCACUCCUCUUUUCGUGAGCGCUGCGGCGGCGGGUGGGCCGAGGGGUCCACGGAUGUCAGCUGGCAAGGCUGCAGGAUGGAGGCCGAGCGGAGGUGCUUGGCAUUCUUGAAG